AUGUUUUUUGAAGGGCCUGAGGAGGUGGGAACGCUGCCAUCCUCUGAUGCCGUGGACCUCCUGCCUAUUGAUCUUGAUGGCUCUGGUGCCUACUCUGUGGCGGUAAUUGCUGGCCGGCAACUUUUAUUAUGGCGUGCAAAACCUCGUCUGGCUCCUGGAUUUAGUGACCAAACUCUCACUUAUGAUCUCCUAGAAGAUCCUGUUACUCUUGCAGUCAUUUCUCUGCCUAACAUGACUCCAUCACGUGAGUUUGUGGCGAUUAUUUUUCGAACCCAUGUGACAGUAGUCGGCUUGCUUUCUGCCGACAGCACGUCUCUCUCGUCCAUCUUCUACCUUCCUCUUACAAGCUCUUUAAGCAGGGAUAAUAGGGAAGUCUCUAUCUUGCGCAGAUAUUGUGCUAUGGAUAUAACUUCAGCAGAAGCAGCGGAGCUUCUCAGAACUUUGUCGCAAGAGCUCCAUCAAGAAAGAAAGACCCUUUCAGAGUUAAGCCAGCGCUUCUUAUCCCUGCCAGACCCCUCCCCAGCAGAUUCAAAGGCAGAACAAUAUCCUUUGCAAACAGGACUCUUUCAAUCCACGGGGGCUGCUGUAAGCAAUCGCGCGCGCUUACUUGAUAAUUACACACUUGAUAGCCUGACAACAGUGCAUGACGAAAUAACUUGUAUAGGGACUCUGACCAUUGACGCUUUCGAUUCUGACAAUGGUCCAUCUGGCAAGGUCUUAGUAGUAGGCACCAUGUGCUGCUUUAUCUACGUGUAUUCGCCCGGGUUUACUCAAGUGCUAGUAACGAUCCGGCUUCCUGAACGCCCCAGAAGCAUCCAGAUUGAAGGUCAUGCAUCCAAGGUGACUGCCCUCGACGAGCCCACUUGGCGUGGCACGAUACUUGCAGGUCAUGGCUCCAUCUAUACGUUACGCGGUAGCUCACUGGCUAAAAACGUUAUUAGCUUUGGCUCUAUCCUUCGCUUUGUGCACAGAAUAAACCGUGCAAUCUUCGCCGUGACUGUUGGUAAUAAAACUAAUGAUCUGUUGCGCCUCUCUGCGAAGGGAAAACUAGACUUUGUUUAUGCAUUGCCCUGUACGGUCACCCAUCUUUCUGCAGUCCACGUGGAUCUUGGCCGACCUUUCCUUGGCUUCGCCCUCGCGCUUUCUAGUGGUGCUGUCGCCUUUGUUGCGGAAACUGGUGUAACUACCAUCGUUCGGGUGCAAUCAGAUCUUGAAUCAAUGAACCAACUAUCGGCAGGCUUGUCCUUUAAGGCAUUUUGCUUCUCACGGCUGCUAAGUCUUGAUGCCCACAGGUCUAGCUCUUUAAGUACUGGCAUGGAUGUUACGCGGAGAUUGUUUGGUGUUUUCUACGUCCGUCAAGCAGCAAACAAGCUACUGCAUCUUCCACUGGCACCCAAUACUGACCUGAACAAGAGCUCUCCCGAUGAUGGUAGAUUAGCUCUUCAGGAUCAUCCGCUAGAUGUUGAACAGCUGGGGAACAAAGCUCUGUCUCUACAAGACAAAGUUCUUCCCCUCGCUGACCAGCAGGAGAUGUUCAAGUCCUUCAUUUCCUCUAGAGCAUACGCUAAGGCAAUGGUUCAAGCGACCUUGUUGGCAAUGGCACAGGAUGAGCAGGAUCCCUCUGCAACAGUGACGGCAUCGACUCUCCAAGCAGUCACAUCUGUUGAGCUUGCGGGCUUAAAUGCCUCAUUGACUGUAACGGUGUGUAAUGCAUCUUCUGAAAUUACCCUGGGGGCGAUGCUCAUAGUGAACAGCGCCGCGUCACCCCUCAAGCUGAGGGUUUGCCAGGCACGCAUACCGCCCCUUCCUCCGGGCGCGACAGUUCACAGGCACUUUGCAUUUACUGUCGACGAAGCCCUUCUAGGAACCAUCAUUCCUGCCCAUAACAUAACAGUGCUGCUUACCAAGCCAACGGGAAAGCGGCAUGAAGCUGGCAACAAUCUUUUGCAGGAGAUCUCAGCACACAUACCAGAGCUUCGACUUUAG